CGGCGCGUAAGCUACGGUGGUCGCGGUCCGCUCCAAAGUCGCGCGCCGCGUGUGUUGCCAGCGCUUCCACCGGUUCUUCGCCCGCCGCAUCGGAUACCUAAGAGAUCUAGUACUCCACUCCUCCACGUCAUGGGCCAGUUUCGUAUUUGCUCGUCGUCAGCUUUAACUCAGUCUAAGAUCGUUAACUCCUAAACAGAACACCAGCGUGGAUUCACUGGGCUAGGAGUGCUCCAUCGUAAACAGUCUGAGGACACGGCUGCAUUUUUCUGUACACCGCAAACCAAAACGAAUGAACGCAAGAAAGACUGCGAUUUUCGAGAGGACAAAUCUUCUCUGAUAGCGGCUUGCUGUGUGGCGUCGUGGGUUUGCUGAAACAACUUAGAGGAGAAGAAUCAAGGAGUCCUCCAUGGUGGGCCAGUGCCGGCAGUUCGUGCAGAACGCGUGGCGCCGCGACCUGUGCGCCAACUGCUUCAAGAGCCGCGACGAGCACGCCGCCAAGGAGGCGUCGCCCGCCGCCCCCGCCGCCCCCGCCGUCGCGACGCCGUCCAGGGAGCGGGCGGCGCCCCAGAGCGCCGUGCAGGGCAUCCUGAAGGGCAGCGGACGGAGCCGUGGCGGCGCCCCGACGUCUGUGCGCUUCCCGACGCCCGGCGAGGAGUCGCACGUGAUCGGCGUCGGCGGCCUCGAAUGCCUCUGCUCCGACGACGACGACGACGACGACGAUGACGACGACGAGGCGAGCGCCGCCGCGGAACUGGCCGCCCUGGAGGCGGAGGACGAGGAAGAGCGCGCACUGCAGCGCCUGACGCGCUCCAACACCGACUUCAACACCGUGUCCGGGAAGGUGCAGCUGAUGCAGCUGCCGCUCGGCCGUCCGCGCACCGACGCCGAAGGACGCAAGCACACGCCUCUCGUCGUCUGCGUGACGCCCUUUGGCGGCGCCACUGGCCCUGACAGAAAUGAAACUGAUGGAGACCAGGAAAAGCCAUAUGAAAAUACUGCUACACCAGCUAGCAGCAGAAUACCAGUUUUAAAGGGUAGAGCUACCAGUGCAGAACAAAGUGUGGCAGUUACUACCAAAACAGAAAAGGAGAAUUUUUCGAAGAGUACUAUUACUGGGGUACCUGUUAUUGAAUGUGAAAAAACAGCAGAUGUAAAAAUUCAAGAAAAAGAAAUCUGUACUCCUGUGGGCAUGGGAGAUAAAUUCCUUCCCACAGAAUCUAUCAGUGCAUCAACUGUUGAGCCAACAGUAAUUACUGACAAUGAAUCAGCAUUCACAGAAACUUUACCUACAUCUUUCAGCACUGAAAACAAGGCAGAUAGUGUUAAUAAGUGUACAUCAGCAAUAGAGGAGGUUAAUAUUAACACAGAUAAUAUACAUACCUCACAUGAAGUGACUGUUAAUGGUAAUGCCGAUGUUGGUAUAGCCAACACAGAGACCAAUAAUGAUGUAGAAGUCGUUUCAUCAAUAACAGAAGUUGUGACAGACAAGAAUAUGGGCAAACCAUCAACAGUAGAAAUCCACGCAGUUGAAAAUUCCGUGACAAAGACAAAGAAAGAAAUGAGCAAACAACAUUCAUCUGAAGUUAGUAAAUGCAUUACAACGGAAACAAAAUUUUCGAAAAAGUCAGGUGAUCUUCCCAUAAAACUGAAUGGAACUCCAUACAAAUACACUACAAGUUCAAGCUUAUUUACAACCAGAGCUCAUGAGAUUAGCAGCACUCUAUUAAAAUGUGAAUGGAAGGGUAAAGCGACAGAACUACCUUCCACAAAAGAGAAAUCAUUAGCAAUAGAAUCAUACAAAAGUCUUCAAUCAGCAGACAAAACAUUUCAAAACAUGGAGGAAGUUGUAUCAAAACCAAAUUCAGAUGUAUAUAAGUCUAGCAUCGGAAAGAACCUGUUCGCCAUGAGAGGAAGAGAAAUGAAUCGAUCUACUCAGGACCACCGAAAGAUGCGAAAUGAAAAUGAAGCAGUUAAUAUGAAAGAUAAGCCUGUGACAGUUGAGAUAAAGAAGCCUUCAGAAGUGGAAGUUACUUCCAAUACGAGCACCUGCAGCAUCCCAGAUCAGGAACGUGAGCAGCCUGACGGCCGUGCUGAAGAUCCUGAAGAGGAGCCCCCCCUUUCUCCAGCUGUUGCUAUUGCCGCACCUCGUCCAUCGUUUCUUCACGGUGCAAAGCCUCGGCUUCCUCAGAAGCCAAGCAGUUUAUUUGUGCAGCAGUCACCAGUUAGGGGACAAAAACAGGCUGAACAGCAGCAGCAGCAGCAGCAACAACAACAACAACAACAACAACAACAACCAGUACCAUGUCAGCAACAGAAACACACACAACAACAACAUCAGCAAGAAGAGCAGCAGAAGCAGCAGCCACAGUCAAAACUGCAGCAUCAACCAUUACAGCUACCACAGCAACAUCAGCCACUACCACAACUACCACCACUGCAACAGCAGCAGCAGCAGCAACAGCAACAACAACAACAGUUACUGCAAUCACAGGAACCAAUUCUGCAGGCACAACCAGUGGAAGAACCUGCAGCACUCGUAACUGCAGUGGCUCCAUCACUCAUGUGUGCACUGGCAGCAGACGGCCGCAGUCCGCACAAGAGACAGGCACCUCGACCACCUUCCAGCUCUGUGAGCAUCAGCAGCAAUAGUAGCAGUAGCAGCAGUAACAGCACGGAUUCCCAACAUCAUCCCCAGCACCACCCCCAUCAAGGGCAAACUGGAGAGUCCAGCACUGAGGUGAAAGGGACUGCAAGGGAAUCGGAUGACAUUUCACCACCUUGCUCAGUCACUGAUUCAGCUACUGAGAUGUCUGUUACAUCUGUAGGCUUACAAUCUCCAGCACCUGUGGCAUCAGCAGAUAAGAAGAAGGGCCGUUUCUCAUUGCGGAAGUUCCUCCGUCUUAGCUCCAGUCACCAUCAAAACAAGGAAGGAGACAGCAAACCCGGAGCAGGAGAAUCUCUCACUGUAGUUAUUCCCACAGAACCAGAUGAGAGUGAAGUAAGGGUUAAAACUCGCCCCCAGUUGCGGCCACGUCUUGAGAUAGUUCAUCCGUUCUCACUGGAUGGUGCAGCUGUCGAAGUGGUGCGCUCCCCAGCACCGCAGCCACACUCGCAGCCACACUCACAGCCACAAUCGCCUCAGAUGUCAGCCAGCAUGGUUACGCUUUCAGCAUCUGCAGAUAAUUUGGCAUCUACGGAUUCUGAAAUUUUGGCAACAGAUUCUUCAAGCUCAGUGGAGGCAGAUAGCCCAAAUCAUUCCCCAACAGGAAGGCCAAUAAGACCUCCACCUCCUCCACGUAGUCAGUACGGAAGAAACUCGGACGCUACAGCCAACAAACCAGUCAGGCCACCGCCACCUAGGUCAGCGGAGCUGCUGCGCCAGCAGAAGCUGCCUCCUCCUGCUGUGGCUUUAGCACGACCAUCUCCACAGGACACAUUGUAUGCUAACCUCGCCCCUGUUUUAGGUGAGGUGCGGCUGGGUCUAACUCCAGACAAGCCUCAGAGAACAGCGAGCAUGAGGGAUGCUGCUUGUGAAAUGCCAAAGAGGAAAUCUGCUUCAGAAGAUAGUGGGUAUGAAUCAGUGGAAAUGGCAGACGGGAGAAUUGUUACUCAAACACAACAGGUCAAUAAUGACUUUAUAUACGAGCACAUGACUAGGGGAAGGUCAACAUCACCAGAAUCAAGCAGUAAGAAAUCUUCAAGGAGGGGUAACAGUCCUCGUCGAAGGUCGGACGGCAGUUUGGAUGACUGCAGCUGUGUCAAAGCAAGGCCUGGAUAUGUGCGCUCCUCGUCAUAUACAUACUGUGCCUUUGAAACUGAUUCUGAUACUUACAGUCCAUACAGCUUCUAUUUUGAAGAGGGAGAUGAUGAUGAUGCUGACUGGAUCUCAUCUAGUGGACACAGUUGUAGGAACAGCCACUUGCGUCUUAGGAAAGGUCGAAGUGUUAUACAUGAAAGCCUUGAGGAUAAUUAUGGUGCAGUCACUGUGGCUAAUCAUGAAGCGCUUGCACAAGUUCUAGAGCAGGUUAAGCAUAGUUCUGCUCUGACCAUACCGGUAACUCUGCGAGGUCUCAAGACUGUACCUGAGCUCCACUGGUCUGACUUCUCUGUGGAUGAACGAGGCCGAACACUGGCAGGGCGGCGUGCGUUUUAUCCUGCCCUCUGGUCAGGCCAUCCAGUCACGUUAAGCGUUAGUGCUGCUGGACGUGGUGGGGGAGAUUUACCCGCAUCUCGAGCACCGAUGCUCACUCCCCUCGCUCAAUUCUGUGAUCUGAUUCCUGCCAGAUACCUUCUCCGGCCACCAUCUGUUGAUCCUGAUCAACUGGUUAGAGCAUCUGUGUCAGUGCUGGUACGCCUUCAGGUGGACACAGUGCAGUCGUAUGGUCGCAGGCUACGGGAAAAGGAAAGGUGGGAAGAAGAAGCAGCAAGCUUUGCACUGUUGCAGCUUGUCAAUGGCCUGAAAAGACUGCAGGCUCAGGGAAUCGAGGAGGCGCCACUUUCACUGACCAACUUUGUCCUUUGCCGCUACGAGGACUGCCAGCAGGCUGAUAUGCACCCACACUUGUGUGCUCUGAGGGAACUGGGUGCUAGUACAGCUGAGGGUGGUGGUGGCACCGCUCCAAGAGGGUCGUUGUGUCGGUGCGCUCUAGUUGGGCUGCGCCACCUGCACCCAGCAGCCAUUGCUACACAGAGAACAUCAUUGUUAACGGAUCUUCUGACCCGUGGGCAGGCAGCUUCCUUAUCACAGGCAAAAUCUGUUCUCGAACUAUGGUUAUGGGGACCUGCAGAUGCUGCACUUACUGGUUCGAGAGUGGAACGUGAACAAGCUCUGCAGCGGUGGCUUGACCUGGAACGGGCAACAGCGUUACAUGAGCUGGCUCUUGUUCCCACUCGACCUCAUCAUCAUCUUACAGCUUUUGAAGAAAGCAGGUUACUCUUCUUGGUCACAACAAGUGCGGAGAUUUUAGCUGACGCAUCAUUCCUCCUAGAUGGUACGAGCACCAUUGCUAGCGAUGCGUGAUGGUGAACUGUCUGACAUGACCUGAUGACUGAAAGACUUUUAGAAAGUUUGAUGACUCUCUUUACUAUCAGCAUAUUCUCAUGUUGAUUUAUUUUGUUAUGAUUCAUUUACACAUGAAGUUGGACCAUCAUGUCUUUUCGCAGUUGUCACUUGUGAGCUGUUUCUGAUGUAAGAUAUUAGAAAAGACAAAGAAAGGAAGAGAUUGCUGCUGAUAGUUACAAUAUGUGAUCUGUUAAAUUCUUGUGAAUAUGUGUGACAUAGUGGUUAAGGACUUUGAGGUGACUUCCUUGAAUCUCAAUUAAUGUUUUAUGAGUGGCACUGGGCCUAUCUUUGCCCAGUUUAUUUAAAUGUGCAUAUGAUGUAAUUACUGUUUUUACAUAUUGACACUUCCAAGGGGGGAAAAAUUGAAUACUCACAAACACAAAAAGGUAUAUAGCCAUCCCAUUUGUUGUCUUUACCCUGUGCUACCAUUUCUUAAUGAGACAUUUUAAGUGGACCCAUGUUGUUUUAGAUACCUCUUUGUCAUGUUAGUGCAGCAUACCUGCAUUCCUCAAAGAGGCCUUAUGCACAAUGAGUCCUGUUUACAAACUUGGAAGUGUAGUUUCAUUGUUACAUGUGACAUGUUGAUUUUAUAACAAAAGAGAUAUCUGUAAAGAUUUUCAGUUUACCAAUUUUGGAAACUAAGGUUUUACAGUCGUCGCAUUUUCUCAAAACAUCUGCUGUGAAAGCUGCGGGAAACAAGCUAUUUUUUCCAAUUUUUCACCUCAUCUUAACAAAACAUGACUUUGAUCAUAGAUUUUGUUGAAAGAAAUGCUCAGGUUUUUAUGUACAUUUUUGCUGUAUUUUUGCUGUUCUAGUGUUUUAUGUUAAUUGUUACAUCUGUGUGUGUACCUGAUCAGACAUUGUUGUGCCUUCAUGCAAAAUUCAUGGUUCAUGGAUCACAGAAGACAAUGGUAAUGAGAAGUUUAGAAACAUACUGCAUACAGGACAAUAAUGGUUUUUUUUUAUAUGAAAUGUACAAUGGUGGAGUUGAAUUCAUCUUCAUGCAAUCCAAAAACUUGACUUUAAAUGCCAAGUGCCAUUUAACUUUGUAUAAUCUCUAUGUAAAAACUAAUAUUGUGUGACAUGUAAAAUAUGUUUGUGUAAAAAAUGCAGAAGUGUAUGUUUUAUAACAUCUUGACAUUUAAAAAAAUAAAAAUCUGAAACCUCAGUUACGAAUUCA